AACAUGACAAAAGUAGAUCAGUUUUCUUCAUGUGAUUGGUUCCUGUCUCUCCUUUCACUUCUUUACCACCCCACCACACACACUCUGGAACAACAACAACAUUUUGCAAAACCAAAUUUUAUUUUCUAGUGUUCGCAUAGUGUACCCAAAACCCUUAAACCGACAUGGCUUCUCUAACAUCUGUCUUUCAUUCUCCAACCUUAAUUUCUUGCGCUUCAUCAUCUCUUCUUCUUCUUCUCCUCUCCUUCCCACCAAAUGUAUUCUGCCCACCAACUCUCUCUUUUCAAUCUUCAAACGGCGUGGUUUACUUCUUAUGAUAAACAGUUUGAAAAUGGAAGAAGAAGUCUUGUUUUGAGGUCAGCCCUUGAUGAAAUCUCUGUUGUUGAUCCUCCUCCUCCUGAAUCUGAAGACGUCAACACUGAACUCAUUGCUUCCUUGAAGCUCAAGUUGCUGAGUGCUGUGUCUGGGCUAAAUAGAGGUCUUGCUGCAAGCACAGAUGAUCUGCAAAAGGCUGAUGCUGCUGCCAAGGAGCUUGAAGCUGCUGGAAGACCUUUAGAUCUCUCAACCGAACUUGAUAAACUGCAAGGGCAUUGGAGAUUGCUGUACAGCAGCGCAUUUUCAUCUCGUACUCUAGGUGGGAGUCGCCCUGGACCUCCCACCAGGAGGUUGCUUCCCAUUACUCUAGGCCAGGUCUUUCAACGAAUUGAUGUCUUAAGUAAAGAUUUUGAUAAUGUAGUUGAACUUGAAUUGGGUGCUCCAUGGCCUCUGCCUCCUGUUGAAGUAACAGCCACAUUAGCCCACAAAUUUGAACUUAUAGGAUCUGCAAAGAUUAAAAUAAUAUAUGAGAAAACAACUGUGAAGACAACCGGAAACCUAUCACAACUGCCACCCUUGGAGAUCCCUCGUCUUCCAGAUGCAUUAAGGCCUCCAUCUAAUCCAGGAAGUGGUGACUUUGAAGUUACCUACCUUGACAAUGCUACCCGCAUAACCAGAGGAGACAGAGGCGAGCUUAGAGUUUUUGUGAUCUCUUGAUGUUUUUUGCAUGUGCAGAGUCUAUUCCAUUCCAUCCCUCGAAAACUCCAGCUUCUAUGCCCCAUUGUAUGUUCUCCUCUUUUUCUUCCUAGUCUCCAUUAUUGUUUUAUUUUAGUUUUACUUCUGAUCGACAUAUACACGAAGUAGUACAAGGAAUCUAAAUGUAAAGCAGUUUUUUCCAGAAACAAGUAAACCAUUACGUAAUUGUAUACUCUUAACAUUAUACAUGUACUCUUUCAUCACUUCAUGUGCUAUAUUGUAUUGUCAGCCUAAUGUCUAGGGAUUGCUUGA